GCUGAAUAUAUUUGAAUGAUGAUGAAUUGAAGCAAACCGAAACUAUUGAACCAAUGAAUGUGUGUUUGUUGAAUGUGCCACGUAUAUUUUCGCUGUUGUUGUUACAUUCGAUUAAUUGUCAUUUAUAAUCGUUAAGUAUAUAUAAAUUAUUAUUUGUUUAUCAUUUUUUUUUUCAUUCAAAAAAAAAUAUAUUGAUUCGAUCACCGAAUCAUAAAACAAUUUUUUUUAUACGAAAAAAAAAUGAAGAUAAGUCAUCAAUUUGGUCAUGUUUCACAUAUGAUAGUCUAUUGCUGUCAUAUAAUUGUGUUAUCCAUACUUUGUCGGUUUAGUUUGGCUGUUGAAUUAACAUUCGAAUUGCCUGAUAAUGCUAAACAAUGUUUUCAUGAAGAUAUUCGUCAAGGUAUAGAAUCUACUGUAGAAUUUCAAGUGGUCACCGGUGGUAAAUAUGAUGUUGAUAUGAAAUUAACCGGUCCACGUGGUGAAGUUUUAUAUGAAGGUCAUAAAAAACAAUUCGAUACAUAUAAAUGGACACCGGCACAAACGGGAACCUAUACAAUCUGUUUCAGCAAUGAAUUUUCAACAUUUAGUCAUAAAUUGAUUUAUUUUGAUUUUCAAGUUGGUGAUGAAACACCGUUACCCGGUACACAACACGUAUCUGUUAUGACAAAGAUGGAACAAUCAGCUGCAAAUAUUCAUGAAAAUCUGAAUAACAUUAUGGAUCAUCAAAAACAUUAUCGUCUUAAUGAAGCUAAAGGUCGUAAACGUGCCGAAGAAUUGAAUACACGUGUAAUGACAUGGUCAUUGUUUGAAACAUGUGUUGUACUGAUUAUCGGUGUUGGACAGGUAAUGAUUUUGAAGAAUUUUUUCACCGAACGACGUUCAGCGAUAUCGGCAACAUAAUUUCACUUCCGUUCAAAUUUAUUAAUGGCCUAUAUAGAUUUUUUUUUAUACAUGAUCAAAAUUUAAUGUUUCCAUCACAUCUUUAAACAUAUAAACACACAAACACACACAUUUAUUGUAAUUGUAAAUAUACAAUAUUUUUUUAAAACCCCGUUUUACACACCUGACACAGGGGAUUAAUAUAUACACAUUUAAAUAAACACAUACAUGUGAGAGAUUAUCGUCAUUAAAAUUUUAAACAUUUUCGUUGAGAAAUUUAA